AUGCUGGCAUUGGGAUGGUCGUUAAGGCUACCGGACCGCGUGCAUGUCUGCUUCCUCCCGGCUUCACCAGCUGUUGUGAACCUUUCUCACCAUCACCCAGAACUUUACUCGUCGCUUUCUCUAUGGCGGCUGGAGUUUCUAGAUUCCAAGCAGAAAAUUGAGGGCGAGCUGGCCUACGUCUUUAGAUGUGUUGCUUUAGUAUCAUCUGACACUUUCUUUUGUGUGUCUCAGUGGACAUUCCAUCCCUUCGUGUGCACCAAGAAGCAAUUUUACACUGUGCUUGUGUGGUGCAAAAUUCUGACGGUAUUUGUGAUGUGUCAGACUUUUCGGGUACUGUCUUUUACGGCAACACAACUACCUGGUCCUGCACAUCAUUGUAGACAGGGAUCUCCCACGGCUAUCCUCAAAUACACUGGAAUCCAGGACGUGCUGUACCUUAAUGCCAUGCAUGGGUGUGGUGACCUCAUCUUUUCCUCCCACAUGACAUUCAUCCUCACUGUUGUCAUCACCUACUCCAAAUAUGGAACCAAUCUCCUCUUCAAGCAUCUGUCAUGGUUAUUGUCUGGAGUUAUGUCGGUAUUGAUAAUCGCAUCACGCAAGCACUACACAGUGGACGUUGUCAUUGCAUGGUACGUUGUACCUCUGGUCUACUACUUUGUUGAGCACAAGCUGGAGGACAACGUUGGCCCAAGAGACCUGCUUGAGCAUAGCCCUUGUGACAAGAUCCUACCACUCCACUCCUCGCCCUUCCACUUGUCAUCGCAACUGGAAACCUCUUUUGAAGCUCAGGCAUCCAAUAACCAUGCUUAUACACUUGAUCAAAACCUUUUGAUCCGAUCAUUUCAUGGCCUAAAGUACGUUUGGAGAAGAUUGCAAGCCCCUUUUGUCAGAGUAUGCCCUGACUCGCCGGAUGAGGAAUAUGGUAGUUUAAGAGCUAGCUUGUCUGGGGUUGAUGUGAGAUGA